AUGGUACUGGUGACGACGACCAAGAUUUAUAUGUCAGUUACCCUAUCUGUGCUUUUGUUCAUACUCCAAAUUCCAUUAUUACGCGCUGUCCGCGGGUGUGUAACAUACGUGACCGGUGAAGACUAUUCAAAGCGACAGUCUAUUUGUGACAAACCCGAUACACAUUUUACCACAAUUCCCUCAGAUCUACCCAGUCAAGUAGUCAAACUGACCAUCAACCAUCAAGAUAUUCCCAUCCUGAAUGCAUCGCAAUUCAAGCAUCUUUUGAAUCUGACAGACCUUGAUCUGGAUUCAAACAAUUUACGAGUUAUCCGACCCAACACCUUUAAACAGCUCAGAUUUUUGCAAACUCUGAGUUUACGGUUUAACCUUCUGACUUUCACACCAGAAUCAUUCCAUCCGGAAGUGAUACACAGCCUCCCGAAAUUAGAAUAUUUAAAUUUAUACCAAAACCCUAUUGGAUUUGUCCCCAGCCAAUUCUUUUCAUCAAUGGGGUCUACACUGCGUACACUGGUGCUGGCAGGAGCCACCUCAGGUGAUUUUCAUCUAGAUCCUGCUGCAUUGAACGGGUUAAACCAACUACAAGUUCUGGAUUUGAGCUCCAAUAAUAUGAAUACCUUGCCAGAAACAUUUGAACACAGUUUUACUAGCAUGAAGUUAAAGGAACUCUACUUAUAUGACAAUCCACUCCGUUGUGACUGCCAUUUGCGUUGGUUAAAAGUAUGGUUUCUUAAACAUGGAGCUAAAUUGACAUAUUCUAAGCGUAUUCCGGAAGGUCUCCGCCAAAGUAUUGCCGAACCAGCAGUUCAAAUCUGGUCUGGGCCCGAUUUUUCUGCUACGGAGGAUAAAAAUAAACUAUUCGAACCUAAGUGCACUGAACCCUAUGAAUUAUUUGGUCGCCCAAUAUUCAACCAACUGAGUGACUCUGGCCCUAAUUCAGUAAGGAUUACUGACUUUCAGUGUGUUCCGCAGGCAUUGUCGCCAAAUCAACCUGUACAACUAUCUCAAGGAUAUAACUCAACUUUGAGUUGUGAAUUCUUUGCAGAUCCUGCUGGCAUCGUCGUCUGGUAUCGUAAUGGGACUCGAAUUCAAGGCCAUUGGCCUAGAAUGUCUGUUCAGCAAACGCAAGGACGUAAAUUUCAAUCUACCUUGAUAAUUGAAAACGUCCAACUCGAAGAUGCUGGCAUGUACGUGUGUUUUCUGGACACUGGACAUGGUCGUGCUAAUACCACUUUUGCUGUUCAUGUAGAACCGGAAAAAAGUAACUUGGGUCAUAUGUUCUCGGGUUCUGUGUUCCAGUGGAUGAAUCAGCUGAAUACGACAUUGGUGCUCAAAUACACUGGCAUUGCAGCCUCCUGUUUAAUUAUCCUCUUGAUGUUUACCGGUCUCAUAAUCUACUGCUUAUAUGGUAAACGUUCCUGUCGACAUCAUGAAGAAUUACAGUCUAGCGGUAAAACUGAUGGUCUACGUAAAAGCUCAUACGACAGUCUUCGGGAUGGUCACCUGACCGAAAAGCCAAAUGGAAAACAGAUUCAUCCAGGUAAUGCUCCAUUUGGAUUAGAUAAGCAUGUGCGCAUGCCUCGCUCAACUUUGGUAAGCAAGAGUGCAAUUGGUUCCGUUGAUCCACAAACAGAACCCGUUGACAACUAUCUUGCCAUCCAAAUUGUUCCUACAGAGGGAAAGAUUGAGGGGCCGAAAACAUGUUCUAUACAUAACUAUGCCAUAAUUCAAUCCGUUAAACCAGAUGGUCUUUUACUACAUGGUGUGUCUGGUGCUCCUAACACGCACGCUGAAGGGACUUUGUUUGAAUCGGAUAGGCGUGCGGACGAAUUAACACAAAACAACGCAAAUCGCUUUCUCACGUCACCUCGAAUGAUUCGAUCAAGUGCAGAGGACUAUAAUUUUGGAAGUGUAAGGAGCAGUGUUGCAGGUAUACCUACACAACUAGCUAGCUCAGUAGACUACGUCCCUUGUCCACUCCACGGAAAUAUAUAUGCAACCUUGCAGUGUACUAAGAAGGACACCAUAGCAACUUCCAAAAAGCACAUAGCAACCAUUCCGAAAGGCCUGGGAACGGUAUCCGAACGACGCACAAACACUAUACCUCAUCGAGGGAAAGCAUUUACUACAUUUACGAGUUCGGAAUCCGGCUCCGUACAGUCAAACCCUGUGUCAAGUUUCAUCUCUGCGCCUGAGAUGGCAAAGUCCAAGGUGGGAGAUUAA